AUGACUGAAGUCACUGGACAUGUUAUCCAGCCACCCAGUUUGAAACUUGGCAAUGUGAAUGGUGAGGCUAGCAGAGUCACAGUUAGCGAUGACUGCCAAUGGAACCUUAUUGGCAAUUGUGUUUUGGAAGGGAAGCGAGUUGAACGAUGGGCAAUCAUUGAUUUCACUGAUAGGAAUGUGAAAUUAAAUUACAUUCAGUUUGCAAGAAAACUGGUCAUUCGAUGCAGAAAACUCCACAUUGAAAUGAAGGAGCCUCUCUUCUAUGAGCCAUCUGAGAUGUGUGAACUUCGCAACAGCAAGCAGUUCAGUAAACACCCAAGUUCAAUUUGCUCCCGUGCUAUAGAGAUUUCUGGUGGUCAAUUGCAGAUUCUCAUAUGUGCAAUGUCCGAGAAGGAUGCAGGGUAUAAUAACCUGAAGCGGAUAUGUGAGACUGAGAUUGGAAUAAUGACUCAAUGCUGUCUCUCCAAAAAUGCUAAUAAGCAUAAAGGAUUAGACCAGUACCUUGCAAAUCUUGCCCUCAAGAUAAAUGCCAAGCUUGGUGGUAGCAAUGUUGAACUCUUUGAAAAGCUUCUUCGCCUUGAGGGUGAUGGUCAUGUCAUGUUUAUUGGGGCUGAUGUCAAUCAUCCUGAUGCCUUUAAUACAAUGCCUUUAAUACGUAUACGUGGUAGCAAUGCCUUUAAUACAGCAUUUUUCCUCUGUCUUCUUCCUCACAACAUGUCCUCUUCCUCAUCUCUCUCCAUUGAGAUAGAUUCUCUAGAUUGGGGUGACAGUGGAACAGGAACUAUUGGUCGUGCCACUGUCCCUGCAUGUUCUUGGGAGGUUCUAAAUUCUAAUAAGCUGAGUGAUAACUGUGACAAGGAUAAAGCUCAUGGUCAUAAUUGA